UUAGCCGCAGGUGCGGGCCGUGCGACCUCCUUCUUGUUAAGCCCGCUUCGGCAAGGGGUGCGCUUUCAUCUCACCUUUCUGUGCAGCAGAGCCAGUGAGCGCGUCGAGGCAGCAUGUCGAAGUUAGUGGAGUGCGUCCCGAACUUUUCCGAAGGACGGUGUAAGGAGGUUAUUGAUGCAAUUGCCGGUGCUAUUUCUGACACAGAAGGAUGCCGUCUUUUGGAUGUGGACCCCGGACCAUCUACUAAUCGCACUGUUUACACAUUUGUAGGCCCCCCUGAGGCUGUGAUUGAGGGGGCAUUAAAUGCUGCCAGACUUGCUUUCCGGCUGAUUGAUAUGACAAGACACAAAGGUGAACAUCCUCGUAUGGGUGCGAUGGACGUGUGUCCUUUUGUUCCUGUGCGGAAUGUUACUAUGGAAGAAUGUGUGACUUGUGCUAACCAAUUUGGACAGCGGCUGGCUGAGGAGAUGGGAGUCCCUGUAUACCUUUAUGGAGAAGCUGCUGUCAAAGAGAGCAGAAGAACUUUACCUGCCAUUCGUGCAGGAGAGUAUGAGGCUCUUCCUGAGAAGCUUCAGAAGUCCGAGUGGGCUCCAGAGUUUGGACCAGCAAGCUUUGUGCCUACAUGGGGCGCUACGGUGACUGGUGCCCGCAAGUUUCUCAUCGCUUACAAUGUGAACCUACUGAGCACAAAAGAACAGGCUCACCGUAUUGCAUUGGACAUCCGGGAACAAGGACGAGGGAAAGAUCAGCCUGGUCGUCUGAAGAAAGUGCAAGGCAUGGGCUGGUAUCUGGAUGAAGCAAACCUUGCUCAGGUGUCCACUAACUUGCUUGACUUUGAAGAGACCCCUUUGCAUUCUGUGUAUGAGGAAAUCUGCCAAACUGCUAAAGAGUUAAGUCUGCCUGUAGUGGGAUCUCAGAUUGUAGGACUAAUACCUCUUAAGGCUGUUCUGGAAACUGCAGAGUUUUAUAUCCAGAAGGAGGAAUUGUUCCUUUUGGAAGAGGAGCAUAAAGUGCGACUGGUUAUCAACAGAUUGGGACUUGACUCGCUUACUCCUUUUGUUGUCAAAGAGAGAAUUAUAGAGUAUAUGGUUGAAAAUGUUGAUGAUGGAGGCUUGGUCUCUAUGCCUCUUAGACAGUUCGUUAGGAGUGUUGGAGCAAGGACUGCUGCACCAGGUGGAGGGUCCGUAUCUGCUGCAAUUGCUGCUAUGGGAGCUGCUCUUGGCUCCAUGGUUGGCCUAAUGACCUAUGGAAAACGUCAGUUUGAAGACCUGGAUGAUAUCAUGAGGAAGUUGAUACUGCCCUUUCAUCAGACCAUGAAUGAGCUCAUCUCUAUGGUGGAUGCGGACUCCAAUGCCUUCAACAGUUACAUGGCUGCACUUAAAUUACCUAAAAACACGCCUCAAGAGAAAGAAAGGCGGGAAGCUGCAAUGGAGUCAGGCUUGAAGAUGGCUGUAGGUGUUCCUUUAUCUCUUGCUGAGAAGGUUACUACAUUAUGGCCAGUACUGAUGGAGCUGGUUCUGUAUGGAAAUGUGGCCUGUAAAUCUGAUCUCCAGGUGGCAGCCAAGGCCCUUGAAACUGCCGUGUUUGGAGCCUACUACAAUGUUGUCAUCAACCUCAAAGAUAUAAAGGAUGAAUCUUUCAAAACGGAGACACGACAAAGGGCCUCUACUUUUCUGAAGAAGGCAACAGAAAAUUCCUCAGCUGUUCUGGAAGCAGCAGACAAGAGAGUGUGAGGUGCAGCCUGAAAUGGGAUGGCGUUGAUGUUUUCAGAAUUUCAACACAUCUGUUUAAUAAAGCUUUGAAAU